AGACCCCCAGGGCUGCAGGCGGGGGAUAAGCCAGGCUAUUUUCAUCAUUUCCUUCCUCCCACUCGAGCGGCGGCCACCAUCGGCUGCCACCUCAGUCUCGCCCAGGACAGUUCAGGCCACAGAAAGGGGUGCCGGCUGCAGACCUCACAAGGGGAACCCCUUCUGGGACUCCCUCCCGGUCCCCACCUCAGCAUCCUCAUUCUGCUGUUUUCUACAUCGGGUAUCACGUAAGAGUUCACCGGGCCAUAGCUACACUCACCCUCAGGCCUUCUGAGUGUCCGGGAGGCUCAGCUAGGCCUGGGUUAGGCGCCGUCACUUCCUGCAGUCUUCACCACCCCAUUUCACAGAGGAGAAGGCUGAGGCCUGAGAAAGGAGCCAGCCUGCCAAUGCCUGCCUGGGGAGCCCUGUUGCUGCUCUGGGCUGCCGCAGAGGCCGUCAAGGACUGCCCUGUGGAGUGCACCUGCCAGGCCCUGGAAACCAUGGGGCUGUGGGUGGACUGCCAGGGGCGGGGGCUCACGGCCCUGCCCGCCCUGCCGGUGCACACCCGCCACCUCCUGCUGGCCAAUAACAGCCUUAGCUCCGUGCCGCCCGGCGCCUUCGACCACCUGCCCCAGCUGCAGACGCUCAAUGUGACGCACAACCCCUGGCACUGCGACUGCGGCCUCACCUACCUGCGCCUCUGGCUGCAGGACCGCACGCCCGAGGCCUUGCUGCACGUCCGCUGCGCCAGCCCCACAAUCGCCGCCGCCCGCCCGCUGGGCCAGCUGACGGGCUACGAGCUGGGCAGCUGCGGCUGGCAGCUGCCGGCGUCCUGGACCUACCCGGGGCUCUGGUGGGACGUGCUGCUGGUUGUCGUGGCCACGCUGGGCCUGGCUCUCCUGGCCGGCCUGCUGUGCACUGCUACAGAGACCUUCGACUGAGCCCAGCCCCUGGGGUCACCGCCAACCCGGGGCCGGGCCCUGAGCCCCUCCCCAGACUCCUCCAGGCCUGGGCAGCCGGAGCCACCAGUCACUCCCAAUAAACUGGCUGUUCAACCGUUUUAUCCAAA